AUGGCGCUCGUGCGCCACCCCCGCAGGCGGCGCGCGGUCUUGACGUGGCGGUGCUGGGAGUGCACGAGCAUCUUCUUGUGGCUGCUGGACCACCUGGCAGCUUUCUUCUUCACGCAUCGACGCCCGGCGCGGCGGGUCACGCUGCGGGACCUCGCGCCUUGGCUCGACGAUGGCAUCUUGACGGGGAAGUGGAGGAGGUGCUCCGUGGGCUACGUCACCCGCAGCAGGCGGCGGGCGAGGCAGCAAGAGAGACGGUGCAGGAGAGCCCCCGGCGUCGCUGACAAGCUCAGCGAUGCGCUGGCUCCUGAUCUCUAUCGCGUACAUCCCACAACCAUGAAGCCCCACAAGAGCAACCCCUUCUCGCGGAAGAUCUCCGUGGCCCUUGCCACGCUGAUCCUCGUCCUGCUGGCCCUCGCCGCCGUCUCGCUCUACGACUUCAACUUCACCGACAGCUACCACUACAUACGGCGCGCCUCCUCUGCAUCGUCGUUCCCGGCAACCACCUCCUCGUCUCCCACGAUUCCGGCGGCAACCUUACCAUCGUCAUCGUCGUCGAAGACCAACUCCUCGGCCACUGACGCCUGCGACCUGACGCGGGGCCAGUGGGUGCCGGACGACGAGCCGCCCUACUACACCAACCUGACGUGCUCGUUCAUCGACGACCUCCAGAACUGCAUGAAGUUCGGCAAGCCGGGCCUCGACCUCAUCAUGCGCUGGCGGUGGAAGCCUCACGACUGCGACCUCCCCCGCUUCGACGCCGGGCGGUUCCUGGAGGCCAUGAGGGGCAAGUCCAUGGCCUUCGUUGGGGACUCGCUCGCCAGGAACCACGUCAAGUCUCUGCUCUGCAUCCUGUCCCAGGUGGCAGAGCCGGUGGAGCUCGUCACCACGACGGAGACCGACGUGACGGGGAGGGCCGUCCGGCGAGACUUCCACUACGGCAGCCACGGCUUCAACGUCUCGCUCUUCUGGUCGCCGUUCCUGGUCAAGGCCAACCUCUCCAACGCGGCGCCCGGCCUGGGCCUGUGGGACGUGCACCUCGACACGCCGGAUGCCCGGUGGGCGGCGCACAUCGCCGACUUUGACUACAUCGUCCUGUCCGGCACCUACUGGUUCUUCCGCCCCUGCGUGUACUACGAGGGCGGCCGGGCCGUCGGGCGCCACGGCGGCGCCAGUGGCGCCCACAACGCGACUGAGAUGCCCGUCUCCGGCGCGGUGCGCGCCGCGUUCCGCACAGCGCUCGGCGCCAUCGCGGCCCCGGCCCGCGAGGGGUUCCGCGGCAAGGCCGUGGUCCGGACGGUCACGCCCGUGCACUUCGAGAACGGGGAGUGGAACUCCGGCGGCGACUGCGUCCGCACGCGGCCGUUCCGCCGCGGCGAGCGCGCCCGCGACGCCAUGGUGGCCGAGUUCCGCGCCGCGCAGGUUGACGCGCUCAGGGAGACGGAGGCUGCGUCGCAGCGGAACCGGAACGGCGCGGAGCUGCGGCUGCUGGACAUCACAGAGGCGAUGGAGCUGCGGCCGGACGGGCACCCGAGCCGGUACGGACACCCGCCGGGCGGGAGCGUGGAGGGGAGCUUCGUGGUGGACUGCUUGCACUGGUGCUUGCCCGGGCCGAUCGACAUGUGGAGCGAGCUGCUGUUCCACAUGCUGGCGGCUCAUCGACAGCGUGCUGACACAGAGUGAGCGGCAGGGGCGGAGCUACAGUAUAUACAUACAGCCCAUAAAAUAAACGACGCAGUGAACAACUAAAGUACUCCUUCGGGAGCUCCCUGCAAGGUCACCUCUCAGUCGCUGCUGCCCCGUGUCGUGCUGUGCGACCUCUCUUUAAUUCUUUUUUUUUCGCAUGCAUUUUCGACUUUUUAGAUAUUUUUUUUGGCUUUUCAGUUUUCUCCGAUUUUUCUUAGGUUUUGGUUUUUUUUUUAAAACUACGUACUUUUUUGCACAGAAAAAUGUUUUUUUACGAGUGCCUCUCAGAAACAAAAAAACAUAUUUUCUUUUCUUUUUCCUUUCGUGAGAGGCACGGUCAUGACACUCGAAGCGAAAAUAAAACACAUUUUUUUCCUUCGGUGAGAGGCAUGAAUUAGCUUUUGUGGGAGGCACUCGAAAACAAAAAAAAAACACGUUUUCUUUUUCGCCACAAUUUAUCUUGAAACAAAAGUUAAAAACUUAAAAAUAAGCCCAGGAAACAAAGACUCGCAUUAUCAUUAUUUUAAAAAACAGUUUUGCUAGAGCAUAUCUAGAUGUGCAAUACUUAUGACGCAUCUAAGUCUCAUGUCAUUGAUCUUACAUUAAGAUUCGUGUAAAUAUUUUCUUUUUCCCUUUUUGUUUUCUCUUUAUGCUUGAUUCAUUCAUUUAGAUGUGCAAUAACUAGAGCACAUCUAGAUGUGCCUCUUAAUAAUAUUUAAUAUGUCAUUA